CCUUCAAAUUGUUUGCAGGCAACCAUAGCCCCUCCAGUGAAGGGGAAGAUGUUCAAAGGAUUAUGUGUCAGUUUUACAGUAAUAGCAACAACUUUCUUCAGUGUUAGUAUCUCAGGGUAUUGGGCAUUUGGCAAUCUAGCUCAAUCAUCUGUUUUCAGCAACUUCAUGGUUAAUGGAAUCCCUUUAGUUCCCAAGUGGUUUAUUUUGAUGUCCAAUGUCUUUGCUCUUCUACAAGUAUUAGCAGUAACUGUUAUUUAUUUGCAACCAACAAAUGAGAUUUUUGAGAAGAAAUUUGCAGAUCCAAAGAGCCAUCAAUUUUCAAUUCGCAACAUAAUGCCGAGGUUAAUUUCUCGGUCUUUUUCAGUGAUCGUCGCUACACUCAUCGCUGCUAUGUUUCCAUUCUUUGGAGACAUUAUGGCCUUCAUUGGAGCUGUUGGGUGCAUUCCUUUGGACUCUGUUUUACCAAUGAUUUUGUACAAUGUAACAUUUCAACCAUCUAAAAGGGGUCUCAUCUUUUGGAUAAACACAUUCAUCGCGAUAAUCUUCUCUGGAUUGAUGGUGUUGGGAGCAAUAUCAUCUGUUCGGCAAAUAAUUCUUGAUUCCAAAACCUAUCACUUGUUUGCUAAUUUAUGAAGACAUUGGAGCCAUUAUAUGCAACCUUAAACAAUGUCAUAUGUUCAUC